CUUAUCGUAUAGGCGAUAUAUUGACUGAAUUUCUCGUCAAAAUGUCACGUAAAAUAAACGAGAUAAAACAAAAAUAAGGAAUACUAUAAAAAGUCAACACUUUGACUCUCUCUCUCUCUCUCUAACGCCGUCUUUACUCUUUCUCUCUCUUAUUUCGUUAAUUUGUUUCCCUCCGUUUCAAACUGUUUAAAAAACCAGUAAAAUUCCUUUUUCGUGUGCCUCUCCCAUGGCGGACGUCAUCCAUUUAUACCGCUUCAACCUUCUCUGAGCUUCCCACAACUCCCUCUUCUUCUUCUUCUUCUUCUUCUUCUAUCUCGUUCUUCCUCUUCCUCUGUGUGAUUUCAUGGAGUCUGACCCUGUUUUGACGCAGAAACAGAGCAAUGUCCGCCGAUUAAAGUGCUCCGUUCAAAAUUACGAUUGGGGAAUCAGAGGACACGAUUCCCUCGUCGCCAGGCUCUUCGCCUUAAACUCCGGAUCGUCUGUCGCUUCCCAUAAACCCUACGCCGAGUUCUGGAUGGGGACUCAUGAUUCCGGACCGUCGUUUUUAAUCGCCGCCGCCGAUAAUGGUGGUGCAAUCGACUCUGUUUCCACUUCCUUGAAGUCCUGGGUCUCGGAAAACCCUAAUGUCCUCGGCGAUAAGGUUGUUGAGAAAUGGGGGUCUGAUAUCCCCUUUCUGUUCAAGGUUCUUUCUGUGGCGAAACCAUUGUCGAUUCAGGCUCAUCCGGAUAAGGAAUUGGCGAAAUUACUUCAUAAGGUGGAGCCUAAAGUUUAUAGAGAUCCGAAUCACAAGCCUGAAAUGGCAUUGGCCAUUACAGAGUUCGAGGCUCUGUGUGGAUUCAUCAGUGGCGAGGAGCUGAAGGAUGUUCUUCGUUCUGUUCCUGAGAUUUUAGUGAUGAUUCGUGAUGCAGACAGAAACAGAGUGUUGUUGUUAGAUGAUCAUGCAAGUAAAGAAGAGGAUCUGAAGGCUGCUCUGAGGUUAGCUUUCACCCAGUUAAUGUCGGCUUCCAAAAUUUUGAUAUCCAGAGCCAUAUCCGACUUGAAAAGGCGACUGCAUUCUGAAAGUGAGGUGAGGCAACUAACUGCUAAGGAACUUCUGGUUUUACGUCUGGAGAAGCAAUAUCCUGAUGAUGUUGGCAUCAUAUCAGCCUUUUUCUUAAAUCACGUGAAGCUUAAUCCUGGAGAAGCUCUGUACCUUGGGGCAAAUGAGCCUCAUGCAUAUAUAAGCGGCGAGUGUAUCGAGUGCAUGGCAACAUCUGAUAACGUCGUCCGGGCUGGCCUAACUCCCAAGUUUCGCGAUGUCCAUACUCUCUGUGCCAUGUUUACUUACAAACAGGGCUUUCCUGAAAUCCUCCAAGGAGUUCAUGUGAAUCAAUACAUAACAAAGUAUGUUCCACCAUUUGACGAAUUCGAGGUCGAUCGAUGUGUUCUUCCCAAGGGUGCAUCUGUCUCAUUUCCAGCGAGCCAAGGUCCUUCGAUAUUUCUGGUUGCUGGAGGAGAGGGGAGGAUGCUGCCUCAAGAAUCACUUAGAAGUGAUGUAAUCAGUGAAGGAGACGUCCUCUUUGUACCUGCUAAAACUGGGAUUAACAUAACAAGUAAUGUUGAGUUGCUCAUUUUCAGAGCAGGAGUAAACAACAAGUUCUUUUAAUACAUACACAAAUGGUAAAUAAAA